AAAAAAACAAAAAACAAAAAAAAACAACAACAACAACAACAAAAAACCCAACAAAAUAACAAAAUAACAAAAAUCAAGAAUACCGGAAUAACCUAGAGACGUCAACAGAAGAAGUUACAUUAUCUAAUUCGUCGCCAUCAACAGCUGAAAAAAAAAAAAAAAAAAAAAAAAAAAAACAACAAUACAAUAAAAAGUGGUGAAGACUACGGAUAAAAUUCAUUUACAUUUCCGCAUGCCGAUACUCCAGUUUGUGAGACACUGACACAAAGCUGCCUAGGAGGAGAAGCCCAGGGUGCCUACUGUAUUCCACAGAAAGAGUGAGACACUGCACUGGAAGAUGAGUGCAGCUUUGCCCUGGCUCUGCGCCUUCGCUCUGCUGGCCUCUGCUGCCCAGGAUGGUACCGCCCUCUUCCUGCCCAACUCAACAUCCCUGCAGCACCUGCUGAGCCGAUACCAGGAUGAGAGCGAAACCCUGACUCGAUCCCGGCGUGCCAUCCAGUGGUCCGACAGAGAGGAGAUCCUGAAACUCCACAACAAACUGCGCGGACAGGUUUCUCCCUCCUCCUCUAACAUGGAAUACAUGGUUUGGGAUGUGGAGCUGGAGCGCUCUGCCACAGCCUGGGCCCAGCAGUGCAUCUGGGAUCAUGGCCCCAAUGAGCUGCUCAUGUCCAUCGGGCAAAACCUAGCAGUGCACUGGGGGAGGUACCGCGCCCCAGCCCACCAUGUACAGGCCUGGUAUGACGAGGUAAAGGAUUACACCUACCCCUACCCCCAGGAGUGCAACCCCUGGUGCCCUGAACGCUGCUCCGGGCCCAUGUGCACCCACUACACUCAGCUCGUGUGGGCCACCACUAACAAGGUGGGCUGUGCCGUGCAUGUGUGCAAGAGAAUUAACGUCUGGGGGGAGAUCUGGGAGAAUUCUGUCUACCUUGUCUGCAACUACUCGCCCAAAGGGAAUUGGAUUGGAGAGGCUCCUUAUCAGCACGGCAGACCCUGCUCUCAGUGCCCCCCCAGCUAUGGAGGAGGCUGCAAGGAGAACCUGUGCUACAAAGCAGACAGUCAGGCCCCGCAGCACCCAGAGACAGAGGAUAUGAACGAGGUGGAGAAACCACAGGUUCCCGAGGACAUCCCAGGCUGGGCCCGACCUCGCACCACUCCCGACAAGGCAACUCCUGGGAAAACACCAGGAGCUACCAGCAGCAAGUUCAUGACCCAGGUGAUUAAGUGUGAAACCAAGAUGAGAGACAAAUGCAAAGGGUCAACAUGUAACAGGUACAAAUGUCCAGCAAACUGCAAGAAUGCCAAAGGAAAAAUCUGGGGGACCCUGUUUUAUGACACACAAUCCAGUAUCUGCAGAGCGGCACUGCAUUAUGGGGUGAUUGAUAACAAUGGGGGUCUGGUGGAUAUCACACGGAAAGGCCAACUGCCCUUCUUUGUAAAGUCGACGAGGAACGGAGUGGAGUCGUUCAGUAAGUUUAAAGCAUCAAACUCCUUUGUUGUUUCAAAAGUUGUAGAGCAGAGAGUGGACUGCUACACAACUGUUGCUGAGCUGUGUGCCUUCAAGAAGCCUUCCACUCACUGCCCAAGAGUGCACUGCCCGCCGAGAUGUAAGGAUGAGCCAUCAAACUGGGCUCCAGUUAUUGGCUCAAACAUCUACUCAGAUAGCUCCAGUAUUUGCCGAUCAGCAGUCCACGCAGGCUUGAUUAAAGACUCGGACGGGGGCUACGUGGAUAUCUUGCCUGUGGACAAGAAGAAACAUUAUGUGGGAACUCUGAAGUACGGAGUGCGCUCAGAAAGUAAGAAGAAUCCAGAAGGAAAAUCAUUCCGUCUCUUCUCAGUGAGGGGGUGAAGAGAUACGCCAUUUGGGCCGAGCCUAAACACAGCUGCUUCAGGGCCCCCAUGUCUGCCGAGCAGGAACAGGAAGUGCCCUAACCUGUUACUACGGUAACCUGUCGGUACCCCUCCCUCAAACCCCUACAGUCGCAAUUUACUUCAAAUACAAAGAAGAAAAGUUAUUAUGGCAAAAUAACUGGUCAUUUAUUUCAAUAAAUAACAGUGUUUCAUUUUCAGUUGUUGUUUUUUAUUAUGAUAAGGAUGUGAGGAAACAAAUUCAAAAUUCUGUAUAUAACAAUGACUGUAUAACAAUUAUAUUGUUUUUUUUAAUAUUCAGAUUUUGACAGCAGUGCUGGUUAUAUCUCUAUUAAGGUGCAGUUUAAUUUUACAUAUAUUAUUAUGAAUAUUUUGUUUACUUAAAAGUGUACCAAACACACAGGAAUGUAUGCCAAUUGCAUCUUUGUACAGUUUUUGGAAGAACGGUUUUUGAUUGUUAUAUUUUUGUAUCUGUUUGGUUUGUAUUGCAUGUACUAAUGAAUGGUGCUAUUCUGGGUCAUGUUGUUGUACUAUGGUAGUUCAUGUUGAUAAAUUGUAAUCUCUGAUAGGCUUAAACUUUGUAGUAUUUCUAUUUCCAGUUAUUUAAACUUUCCUGAAUAUUUUUCUUUUUCUUUUACAAACAUGUUCAGUGUUUCACAAACUUUUUGAUUGGCAACCCAAAUAAACACAGGAAUAAUGAACCCACGACCCAACAUUAUUCGCUAUUCGGCAACUGAAAUACUUCUUAAACAAUCAAAAAGUGACAUGUAAUUUAUUUGUAACUCCACUACACUAUAUAAGCAUUUAGACUUUGAUAGUUUUACAGGAUGUUAAAAUAUUUCCUUUUAUCAAAUUCAUUAUUAGUAAAAAAAAAUGUAUUAAACUAACGUAUUGCAACGGCAAGGCAGUCAAACCUGCGGGGGGUGGCACUUCUGCGGACAUUCUACGAAGGCCCCCCUUCGUGUGGAUUACGGGACUGCAGCUGAUCGCAAACAUGAAUCUGCAGGAGAGAUAUCCCAUGGGGAUUAAAGGACAAUGUGGGUGCAUUGAGAUAAUGGGUGACAGGACAGGAAUGCAUGCCUGUGAUUGGGGUAGCGCGUGACGCAGCGAAAUGCAAGCCUGGCAGUUUGGGAGGGGCUGGUUGAAGAGUAUGAGUUUUGGCGAUGUGGGAUAAUCUGCUGGGUUUUUUUUAUUUUUUAUUACCGAGUCAGAUACGCUGAGAGUGAUAGCUUUGUGUGUGUUACUAGACUGUUUAUUAAACCCUUUUAUUUAAACCCUGUGUUUGUUAUUGUUUAUUGUAUUUCAGUGGCGGCUUGUGACUUUUUUGACAGGUGAGGCACAAAUCACUAAAUAGUUAUUACCAUCCCCAUUCAAUGGCUAACGUACUAAAGGUAAGUUUACUUUGUUCAGCUGAUUGCAUAUAUGCUUCCACUGAGAGCAUGUGCAGCUUUGUGAGGCACGGAAGGAUUGUGCGUCACGCGGAAGUACAUCAGCACUACAUUGUUCCAGCUUUCUGGCGCUGCGCUUUCGCUACUGGUGAAAGCAAGUUGAGACUUCUGUGGACUUAAAUUUAUUUAAUAUGCAUACAUGUGUUUAUUUUUCUCAGUUAAAUAAUACAUGCUAAAUGUUUUUUUAGCCUUUGGGUAUUAUUGGUGAGGCCAUGCCCCACUUGCUGACAAGCCGCCACAGUUUAUAUACUGCAUUUAUUUUAUUGAACUGCUCAUUCUUGUAAAAUAAACCGUGCAUUUGAGACCAGAA